AUGAGGCCAACGUUGAGGAAGGUGGUCUUGAUCACGCUGUUGGGCCGGGACCAGUCCUGCCGAAAGCGCAGGUCUGUGUGGGUCCAGAGAUGGUUGAAGUCCCGAAAGCAGGCAGGGGAGUUCCACCUUCUCAUUCAAGAGCUUCGACUGUUUGGAGAGGAAUUCUGAAGUUACUUUAGUCAGGAGGGAUACCAACUACCGGGAGUCCAUCAGCCCAGUUGAACGCCCAGCGAUUUGCUAAAUUGUAGUGAAUUUUUAAAGCCUUUGAUACCGUAAUUGAUUGAUAUUAGAUAUAUUUUAUGUGUAACCUAGCUAGCUAAAGGGCUCUCUAGGUAAUAGCCCCUAUGUGACAUCAGAUGUACUUUUACAGAAUGUUCAUUAGGACUAUAACUUUUCCCAAAGAUGGUUUAAAAUCCUUUUUUAAUGAUGCAAUGUUACCAAUUGAAAAUAAAGUUGGGGUGCCUUCUGCCCUGAUGAAGGUAGGCUAGUCUUCUCCAGGACCCCUUGUUGUUCAAGACAGUUACAGUCAUUCAUUACAUUCUUAUUGGAAUCACGUACACUCUUAGAAAAAAGGGUUCCAAAAGUGUCCUUCUGCUUUCCCCAUAGGAUAACCCUUUUUGGUUCCAGGUAGAACCCUUCGGGGAAAAGGUUAUACAUGGAACCCAAAAGUGUUCUACUUGGAACCAAAAGGGUUCUACCUGGAACCAAAAAGGGUACUACCUGGAUAGCCGGAGAACCCCUUUAGGUUCUAGAUAGCACCUUUUUUUCUAAGAGUAGAGUUGGCCUGGGCUACAGUUUAUUAAUACAGUCAUAGACUGAAUUGUACUCUUUCAAGGCAUUGUUAAUGAUGGUUGAUGAGUAUUACAAUAUAAUUAGUAGAGCAUAAUAAACAGUAAUGAGGUAGCUAUAUGAGUAGAUAGAAUAUGUGGGUGGAAUUCAAGUUCCACACAAUAUUGACAAUUAUUUUGAAUUAUAUUUCAGAUUCUUGGCAACAGGGGACUCCUACAGGACCAUCGGAUUCAGCUUCCGAGUUGGACGGUCCACGGUGGCAGGCAUUGUCCCCUCUGUGGCACAGGCCACUUGGGACUGUCUGGUUGGUGAAUACAUGCCUGUCCCCAAGGAGGAAGACUGGAGGGCCAGGAGAGGUAGAAUUUCCCCAACUGUCUUGGCUCCAUUGACGGGAAACAUGUAGUAAUCCAGGCUCCACCGUGCUCUGGUUCGCAAUUCUACAUCUACAACGGUACAUAUUCAGUUAUACUCUUGGCUGUUGUAGAUGCCAUCUACUGUUUCCGUGUCAUCGAUGUUGGUGCUUACGGCAAGGGAAGUGAUGGCGGGACCCUCUGGGACUUCAGGAUGGCACCCUGGAGAUUCCACCACCUGCAUCACUCCCUGGGGCUGAAGACCUGGAACCCGUUCCCCAUGUCUUCGUCGGCGAUGAGGCCUUCCCUUUGAGAUCCAACUUCAUGAGGCCCUACUAUGGACGCCAGUUGCCAUUGCCAAAGCCUGUAAGGAUCUUCAACAAACGACUGUCCAGGGCAAGGUUAGUUGUUGAAUGCACCUUUGGGAUUCUGGCAGCCCGGUGGAGAAUGUAUCGGAGAGUGUUUGGUCUCAGCCCCUCAAAUGUCGAUGCCUGCAUGAAGGCCACAUGUUCUCCACAACUACCUGCGGAGGUCAUUCCAGGAGCCGCUCCGGAUGGAGAUGGGCACGCCAAAUGGUCACCUACCUGAUGUCACCAGGGCAGGUACCAACAAUGCCCCCAGACAGGCACUCCAGGUGAGGGAGAAGCUGACCACCUACUUGUCAUCGCCAGCAGGUGAAGUCCCAUGGCAGCAUGCCGUGGAGCCCCCUAACACAAAG